AGGAAUUGGUUUUGUAACCUUCUCUGAAUCCUUGAAGUUAAGCUGUUUCUAGCGCUGAUAUCGAUCUAGAUGUCGCAGCUCUUCAAACUAGAGGUAAAAAAUACUUCCGGGUCCACCAUGGCCACGUUCGAAAACUUCUCAAAUGAUCCUAUUAAUUUUGUAAAAGACGGUAUAAAUAGAAAUGAUCCGACUGUAAUAGGUGUAUUAGUCGGCGUAGCAGUUGUCAUAUUCACCAUUAUUCUCCUUGCAAUAUUACGCGGUGGACGUAAUACGAGAAGAGGACUUCUACUUGUCGGAUUGUGUGAUUCUGGAAAAACUCUGCUCUUUAGUCGGCUGGUGUAUAAGGCGUUCAAGAAUACUCACACAUCUAUUAAUGUGAAUGAUGGCAGUUAUACUGUUCCAACAGAGAAGGGUGGCGUAUUGAAUAUUCUAGAUGUUCCAGGACAUGAGAGGAUCAGGCCUCAGCUUGUGGACAAAUACAAGGAUACUGCCAGGGCCAUUGUCUUCAUGGUAGACAGUCUUACAUUUAGCAAAGAACUGAAAGAUGUAGCAGAAUGUUUGUACAAUUUGCUGACUGACAAAGUGAUCUCAAGUAACAGAACCCCAAUAGUCGUAGCCUGCAACAAACAAGAUAUCACCAUGGCAAAGGGCUCCAAAGUUAUUAAAUCACAGCUUGAAAAAGAAAUGAAUAAAGUUCGUGUAAGCCGAUCGGCUGCUCUCCAGGGACAAGAUAAUUCCUCAAACUCUGUAGUAUUCCUGGGCAAGAAAAAUAAGGAAUUUGAGUUCAGUGAUCUUAAAGGGCUGAAAGUAGAAUUUGUAGAGUGUAGUUGCAAAGGACUUGAAGACAGCGAUGGAGAUCUGAAGGAAUUGUAUGAAUGGAUAGAAAAAAUUGCAUAAUAUCUCAAGGAUAUUUCCAUUAAUCAUCCCUUUUAAAUAAAAGUAAUUCUGGGAGAUGAUAUUGAAAAGAAAUAUUUGUUCCAUUCAGACAUUUUGAACCAUAUAUCUGAACUAUAUGUUCCAAUUUUUAUCAUCUUUCAAGCUAUUGUUCAAAGGAGUCUGUUCAUUUAACAUACUGUAAAGUACAUUUGUCCUCAUGAUGUCAUCAUUUAAUUGUGUUUUUAUAAAAUAAAUGUACUGUUGUUAAUGUGUAA